UUUCCCCCAUUUUCCAAUUAUUUGCCAACUUCUCUGUCCAAUAAAUCACACCAUAAAACUUCACCUUUUUCAUCUAUUGUCUUUAAUUUAAAUUUUCUUCACAACUACACAUAGCAAAACACAAGAGUCCAAAUUAAGAGUUCAGAUUCAUCUUCAAGUUUGAGCUCAAGAGAUACAUCCUAUCAUAUCAUCAUGGAUGGAAGACAAGGGAGUGAAAUGCAGCCCUUUGUUGAAGCACCACCAAAAGUGGAAGAACAAAACCGUUAUUCACAUAAAUCAAUUGAGACACUUAUAGUGGUGAUAGCCGUGAUCACUAUUGUAGGUGUCAUUGCAGGAAUGAUUGCGAGGUUGUGUGGUGGAAGACACUUUGGAGGCAAUGGUGAGAAUGAUAUAGAAGGUUGGGUUGAAAACAAGUGUAGAAGUUGUAUUGAUGCAGGACUUCCACCACCACCACCACCUCCGCCGUCACAGCCACCGGCACCUAAGCCUGAAGAACCAAAGGUAGAAGCUGCAGCAGGAGGAGGAGAUGGAAGUAAAUGAAAAACGGUUCAGUUGCAUUUCAUUAUUCUAUUGUAACACAAACAUUAUUAUAUUCAUUGUAGUUUCUUCA